AAAUUUUUUUCAAUGUGACGGGGACAUGAUUGUCUUUCUGAGUAGAAUUGGCAUCCAAUUAGCUUGGUGAGAUGUCAGAGACAAGAGAAGAAAUCCGCCCAACAAAAACACACAAAAUUAAAAUAAGAAGAAAAAUUGUGAAUAGAAGACUCGAGGGUAUGUAUGAUUGUAGUAGAUAGGCAGAGGAGAGAGAGAGAGAAGAAAUAGUAGUUGCUGAAGUUUGAGUGUCUGACACAGCAGACGAAAACCUAUCGACGGCCGCCACUAGCCAGCAGCCACCCUGUUCUUCCCAGACCAGCAGCCUCUGCAGACUCUGGUCUAUCUUAUUCUCCUGUUACUGUGAUCGGCACGGAAAGGCCGAGUCUUUGGACCGUUUUCCGGUGAAGGUUGAAUCUUUCUGUAUUGGGUUUCCUGUAUUUUGAUGAGAUAGAUGCUGUUAUGUGACCGAAAAUCGUUUCUGGUAUUAUCUCCAGCUCCCAUAGAUUGCUAAAACCUCUCUCUCUCUCUCUCUCUCUCUCUCUCUCUCUCUCUCUCUCUCUCUCUCUCUCUCUCUCUCUCUCUCUCUCUCUCUCCUGUUUCUGGUUUUCUGCAUAUCCGCCACUCGUCCAAAAUUCUAGAAAAAAGAAGCAAGUCAAACCGCAUCGUCUCAAACUCUCUGACACCAUUUUUAGAAGGAGAAAAAUAAAUCCUCGCGGAUAUCGCUCGAUUUCAAGACCAUAUUUUCCAUAAAUUUCAAAUAUCACUUGGGCUUUAAUUUUCAUUAAUUCAAUGUGAAUGAUGAAAUGAAUGGCCGAUGGUUUUGGUUGUAACCAGGGUGGGUGGGUGGAAACAAGAGGAAGGCACACACGGCAUGCAGCGAGAGAGCAAGAUAACGAUAACGAUAACGAUCGCCGUUAGUUUUGGCAGUUUUGAGUGUCGAGAGAUUCUGAAGGAUUAGCGUCGGACACGUUGAGCACACCCUCACAACAAUCCAAUUUCUUCCUCCUCUUUAUAAACCUCUGCAUGUCGCUUGAAGACUCACAUCAACCCAUCAAACGAUUUCAGAUCAUCAUAAGAGAGAAAGCAACAUGCAGCAACAGCAGCAGGAGGGGGGUGAGCAAAACGAGCAGCAGAACCAGGAUCAGCGGUUGAAGGCGGCGGCGGAGCAGGAGAACCAGCAGCCACACAGGUGCCCGCGGUGCCACUCCAUGAACACCAAGUUCUGCUACUACAACAACUACAGCCUCUCUCAGCCGCGGUACUUUUGCAAGGCUUGUAGGAGGUACUGGACUCAGGGUGGGACCCUCCGCAAUGUCCCCGUCGGAGGCGGCUGCCGAAAGGGGAAGCGCGGCAAGGCGGGUUCCUCCUCGGCGUCUGCAGCUAGGACCGUGCAGCCUCAGCAGCCGCAGCCACCACAGAAAGAGCAGGACAUGCAGAACACUCUGGGAAUUGGCGGCGGCUCCGUUGGGAUGUCCACGGAAAACCCGAGCGGUGGUUUGGCUAUUCACCAUCAGUACUACCCUGGUGCUUCUCAUGGGUACUUGUCAUCUCUUGCAGGGCUUCAAUCUCUGAAUCAAUCUCAGCCGUUCAAUGUUGGGGGUGGUCAUGAUCCUGCCUCGAACGUGAGCCUGCUGCAGGGGUUCAAUCUCUCAGCUCCUUUGGUGGCGACGCAGCCACAGCAGCGUCAGCAGUUUUAUCAGAUGGGCGGCGGUAGGAGCAACAAUCUGGUGGAUCAAGCUGGUCCAUACCCAUCUGAGAAUGAUCAGUGGCCCCCCCAAAGCUUCGUCAACAGACCAUCUUUGAAUGCUUCUUCUUCUGCAGUAGCAGCCUCUGACAGCGCUUUGUGGGCCAUGGGCAACAACCCCAUCACCACCACCAGCAGCAGUGGCGGCAGCACUUCUCUGAACCCAAACCUGUUGCCUGAUCUGCCCGGAUCAUAUGGCUCUCCUAAUUAAGAGACUUUUAAGGCAUGCAUAUCCCUACAAGCAUGCAAAUUAAUCAUAUAUUUGCUUAUGUAUACCAAAGGGAGAUUACCAUAUGGAUCUCAAAGUGUCCCCUUAAUUUUCAGUGUUUAUAAUUAUGUACUAAAUUGGUUAAUUGUACUUGGUGGUUCAGGUAUGUAUGAUCUUUGUUUGUCAUUGAACAAAGAUAUAUAUUAUGUUGUGAAUAAAAGGAUAAUAUUUGGGUCGUAAA